AUGUCUUUAUCUUUGAUGGCGGUGAUUUCCUUCUCAGUCCUGGCUACUCAGACUUUGUUUACAAGAGCCACAGGGGAUGAACACAGAUUUGGGAAAAAGUCUCUUCAGCCAUCCACGUCCAAAUUUUGCUCCUCGUCGCUGAACCAACUUUCAUAUUUUAUCCACAGGAACCAAGAGAACCAGAGCGCUGAGGUCACUUUCAUUCUCUUGGGCUUCUCAGAGUACCCGGAACUCCAGCUGCCCCUCUUCCUGGUGUUCCUGACCGUCUACACGGUCACGGUGCUGGGCAACCUGGGCGUGGUCCUGACCAUCAAGCUCAGUCCCAGACUCCACGCCCCCAUGUACUUCUUCCUCAGCCACUUGUCCUUUGCUGACUUCUGUUACUCUACAGUGGUUACACCCAAACUGCUGGAAAACUUGGUUGUAGAAGACAGAACCGUCUCCUUCACAGGAUGCAUCCUGCAGUUCUUCUUUGCCUGCAUGUUUGUUGUGACGGAAACCUACAUGUUGGCAGCAAUGGCCUAUGACCGAUUUGUGGCCGUUUGUAGCCCUCUUCUCUACACGGCUGUGAUGUCUCAGAAGCGCUGUUCCUUGUUGGUGGCUGCGUCAUACUCUUGGAGUGUGGCUUUAAGCAGCCUGGUGAUCAUUCUCACUUCCUAUGUUUUCAUUUUUAUCACUAUCUUGAAGAUGCCCUCCACUGGGGGGCGCCACAAAGCCUUCUCCACCUGUGCCUCCCACCUGACUGCCAUCACCAUCUUCCAUGGGACCAUCCUCUUCCUCUACUGUGUCCCUAACUCCAAAAGUUCAUGGCUUAUGGUCAAGGUGGCCUCUGUCUUUUACACCGUGGUCAUCCCCAUGCUGAACCCUCUGAUCUACAGCCUCAGAAACAAAGAUGUGAAGGAGUCAGUGAAGAAAUUAAUCAAUAUUAAAUUGUUCUGUGAAAAAGUGUAA